AUUUCGGAAACCUAAAAAACAAUAAAAGCAUGAAAAUAAAACAUAAUUAAAAGUAUAUGCUUUAAAACCGAGCUGUAAAACAAACAAGAUUGCAUUGCUUUAUUUUUCUUUGAGACUUUGGCUCAAAGCAGUAACCUAUUCAGUAUCUAUACUUAACACAUAAAUACCCAUACCGUCUGGUUUGUGCAAACAUGAACACCAUGAAGCCGGCGCUAUACAAGUUUGAUAUAUUUAAAAUAGAAGAUGGCCAAAAUGGAGAUCAGCAAACUUGGGACCACUCUUGGGGUUGGUUAGACGCGAGCUCAAAAAGUAAAUAUUCGAGUGAUAACGUUAAAAGCGACUCCUAUGGUGAUGCGGACAGUGGGCUCUCGAUCCUAACUGGCGAACGUCAUAAUUCUGAGAGGCCUAACAAGCUGCCCCUUGGAUGGGAAGAGCGAAUUGCUCACAGUACCAAGGAGUGCUACUUCUACGACACAAUUACCAGGAAGGUAUAUUUCACACUGCCUCCAAGCCCCUACCGAGAAAAGAAUAGGAAUGCCUGGGGCGCCGUUCUUGGGGACUACCCUGAGUUCAAUGACAAAUGCACGCUCCGCUGCAGACACAUCCUGGUGAAGCACAACGAAUCGGACAGGUGUAGUUCAUAUCGUGAACGGGUGGUAAGGAGAACGAGGCAGGAAGCGCUAAAUAAGAUAAUGCAUGCGAGGGAUCUAAUUCAAUCAGGCAAAUGUGAGUUUGCUGAAUUGGCAAAAAUGAUCUCCGACUGCUGCUCCGCCCGGCAUGGCGGUGACUUGGGCCCCUUGAGCCUUACACAAACGUCUUUCGUCUUUGAGAGAAACAUUUUGUUGCUGAAUGAUGGCGAACUAUCUGAGAUUUUUCAGACGAACGCAGGUUAUCACAUCUUGUUGCGCACCCCGAUUAAUUUCGAUAAUUACAGGACAAAGAUGUCCAGAAGUCUUACAAAAAUAGUUAUUGCCAACGAAAAAGCGAAGUCAAAAGCCCACCUAAAGAAAAGCAAAUAUUUUUACAAUUUGACCAAAAAACAAAAAGCCUUCCUAUGCAAAAAACGGCAAACAGCAGAUUUCGAAAGUAUGUCUAGUUGUCCGGAUAGUGUGUUUUUUAAAACUUCUCGUUUCUCAGCUUGUGUGUCUGAGCCACCGGAAGAGCAACUUAAUAUAAGAAAUCGAAUAGUUUACUCUCAAUUGGAUGGAACCACGCGUCUAGACCAAUAUGUAAAGUUUAUAGAAUCGAAAGAUAUAGGAAAGAAUGUAAUCAAACUUCAAAACUUUCUUAUUAAAAAAGAAAAGGGAAAAAAUUAAAAACAGAAAAUCUGGGAGAGCCGAACAUUGAGCAAAUACACACAACAAAUUAUAUUAAGGGAAAAAGUUCUGAUUAAAACCUGCGCUAAAGCAGAAAUAAUAAAUAAUAAGAACGGAAAUUUUAAGGAAUCUGAAGUUUUUACUCAAGCUAAACAUCUGGCGAGCAUAUGAGUUUUCGUCCAGAUACAUUUCGUAUAUCUUCCCCAUUAAUUUCCAUAUAUUUUUAGAAAUAACUUGCGAUCCAGCCGCUGCUCUGCGUAUCCCUUCACAAGGAGUCCUAACUUAAAGGCACAGCACCCACAUUCCUUUAAAUCCGCUAGCCCAACCACUCUUAUACGGCUGUUCCACUCAACGCGAAUACUCUCCGGACGACAGCAGGAAGGAAAGGGUGCCCUGCACACGCGCACUCGGCAAAUCGCCAUUGGAAACUCACUCUCGCAGAGAUACGGGCAUUAAAGACGGGUUCAAGUUAUGGGCUGUUGUCCAACCAAAUACAAAUCGAGGAAGCGGCUUGAGAAAAUGCACUUCACUGCAAGACAGGCGCCUUGCGAUCGUUACGCUCGCAUUCAGAGCUGUGGGCAAACUGAGUGGGCGAACCGCCGCAACUCGAACUCGGUGAACUCGAACUCGAGAGGCUCGAAAACUGCUCAACCGAGAGAGCGCACUGAGAGCGGGAAUGGGAAGAGAACUGAUACUGAUAUAUGCUUCUUAUACCAUUUACAAAUCCAUAUACAGAGCGAUGAAAAAUUUCUACGAGUAUGUGCCUCCUUUUUUGCCGACUGCAGAUAUGUAUGUAUGGAGACUAUGGAUUUCAUUAGAAGCACACUUGACCAUUUAAUUUGAAAAAAAUAAUGUUUUUCGCAUUAGUGCAUUUGAAAGAAGUAGGGAAGUAAGCGAAAUAAAUGAAAUAUAGAAAAGAUUUCUCCAAAUCAGGACAGGUCAUAACGUCCGACUCUUCCGUCCGAUUAGAGGGAGUGAGAGGGCAAAGUUAUGCAUUCCGUUUACCGUUUUCCUUUUCGACUACUUAAUCGAAGCCAAUGGACAAAGACAAACAGCAUUCUUGCAUGCUCCGCUGUUUCGUCAGUGAUAAGAUAAGCCAUCCUUUAUCUACACAUGGGUGUGUAUGGGUGCACAUAAGCACACAAGUGAGCUAAAUGUAAACAAUGACCAGGCAUUGUGUAACAGAUUGGAGUUCUUCGAGCAGUUUUAUUAUUGUGUAUAUCAAAAUACGAAUAGAUACAGUUUUGAGCCACUUUUGAGCAUAUAUUUUUCCCGGAGUUCCAUUUGGAAUACGAGAGCUCAGGCAAACAUGUUUUGAGUGACUUCCCUGAGUCAGAUUUACUUUGGUUAAAAAACAAAGAGCGGACGCAGACGAGGAAAACGAAAAAAAAAACGAAAUGUAUGCAUGUUGGUUAAAACCACUUUAAAGUGAUAGUAUGGCAUAAAAAAGAACCGAGAAAGGUUUCGAAUUACGAAACGGGGACCUAGUUUUAAUUUUUUAGUUUCCAUAUUCACCGACUGGAGCCCGUACUGUGGGAUGCCUAUCUACAUCAUUUGGUAGCUUUAAGGAAAAGCCGGAUUUACCAUUUUUAUCCCACGAAAGUCGAAGUGCGCAUGGUCAUUCCUCAGGAAAAGGGAACUGCUAGCACGCAGUUAAAAGCGAGGCAUAACAAACAACCCGAAAGAUAUUCCAGCAAUGGGAACGAAAUUGAUAAUCAUAAACCAUAAAGCUUACUUGUAUUAAAAUGGUAGAGUGUUUUAUUUCAUAA